AUGGUCAAGACGCUGCAAUUUGCGGACAUUGAGGUCCCAACUCCUGGGUUCGGUGCCAUGGGCAUCAGCUUUGGCUUGGGCAGUAACCUAACUCUCGAGCAAGCUGAGCCUGUACUGCUCAAAGCAAUAGAGCUGGGAUGCACGUUUUGGGAUACUGCCGUCGUGUAUCAACACGGGGUCAACGAAAAGCUAUUGGGUGACUUUAUUAGGAAGCACAAUGUGAGGGACAAGGUCUUCCUCGCCUCCAAGUGCGGAUUUGACGUUUUUGGCGACGGAAGCGUCACCAACUCGGCGUCUCAUAUCAAGACUUACAUCGAGGGAACGAUCGAGCGACUCGGCUUCACCCCAGACCUCUACUGCCUCCACCGCAUUGAACCUAACACGCCUCUCGAAGAGUCCAUCUCGGCUCUCGAUGAGAUCCGAAAGGCAGGUAAGACCAAGUUUAUUGGCCUCUCGGAAUGCUCCGCGAAAACUUUGCGCAAGGCCAAUUCGAUUGCCAAAAUCGAUGCCCUUCAAGCAGAGUACUCGGCGUUUGAGACACUGCACGAGACAGAUGGCUUGAUCGAUGCUGCCAAGGGACUUGGAGUGGCCUACGUUGCGUACAGCCCCCUUGGGCAUGGCUGGCUUGUGGACAAUUUCCCACACAAAUCACCCGACGACUUUGCUCCCGAUGACUUCCGCCGCACAGGAGAGAACUUUUAUAAGAAUAAGGCGAUUGUAGAGGAAAUUAAGAAGCUCGCUGCUCGCAAGGGGUGCACUUUGCCCCAGAUUGCACUAGCGUGGGUUGCAGCCCAGGGGAUGAUUGCUAUUCCGGGCACGACGAAGGCCAGCCGCCUCGAGGAAAAUUGGGCUUCCCGGGAUAUGGACCUGACGAUGGAGGAGAAGCAGGAGCUUCGAAGGAUUGUCGACAAUGCCAAGCCUGUUGGCAACAGGUACAACGAGACGAUGCAGACGUUUGUUGGACAUUAG